GGUACAGCUCAUCCAGGAGAACCAGGAGCUGAAGCUGGUGCUCAGGAACCGGACCAGCAGCCUGGGUUUCUGCGGAUCAGGGCUCCUGACUGAGGGUACCGCUAGUCCCCGGCUGUCCAGACGCAGGAUCAUCAAGUUCAAGGAUGUCGAACGAGUUCUCCCAGGUUCACAAGCGGAAGAGCUGCCACUGGUCUCCAGCCCAGUCAGCAUGGGCAGUCCCGAGGGGCGUUUCCAUUUUGCCAUCGACCGCGGAGGAACCUUCACUGAUGUCUUCGCCCGGUGUCCCGGAGGACACGUGAGGGUCCUAAAGCUGCUUUCUGAGGACCCAGCCAACUACUCAGAUGCUCCCACUGAGGGUAUUCGCCGCAUCCUGGAGCAGGAGGGGGGUGUGCUGCUGCCCCGGGACAGGCCUUUGGACACCAGUCGUAUUGCCAGCAUCCGCAUGGGUACCACCGUGGCCACCAACGCACUGCUGGAGAGGCGGGGGGAGCGGGUGGCCCUGCUGGUGACGAGUGGCUUCCGAGACCUGCUGCACAUCGGCACCCAGGCCCGCCAGGACCUCUUUGACCUGGCUGUGUCCAUGCCUGAGGUGUUGUAUGAGGAAGUGCUGGAGGUGGAGGAGCGAGUGGUGCUGUACCGAGGAGAGCCGGAUGCAGGGACACCAGUCAAGGGACGCACGGGGGACCUGUUGGAGGUGCAGCAGCCAGUGGACCUGAGGAGUCUUCGUGGAAAACUGGAGGGGCUUCUGUCCAGGGGCAUCCGCAGCUUGGCCAUAGUGCUCAUGCACUCCUAUACGUGGGCCCAGCAUGAGCAGCAGGUGGGUGCGCUGGCCCGGGAGCUGGGCUUCACGCACGUGUCACUGUCCUCGGAGGCUAUGCCCAUGGUGCGCAUCGUGCCACGGGGACACACAGCCUGUGCUGAUGCCUACCUCACACCCACCAUCCAGCGCUACCUGGAGGGCUUCCGCCGGGGAUUCCAGGGCCAGCUUAAGGACGUGCAGGUGUUGUUCAUGCGCUCUGAUGGUGGUCUGGCGCCCAUGGACUCCUUCAGCGGCUCCCGUGCAGUGCUCUCAGGCCCUGCUGGUGGUGUGGUGGGCUACUCGGCCACCACUUACCAGGCAGAGGGAGGACACCCUGUCAUUGGCUUUGAUAUGGGAGGCACAUCCACCGACGUGAGUCGCUAUGCUGGGGAGUUUGAGCAUGUUUUUGAGGCCAGUACAGCCGGUGUCACUCUCCAGGCCCCACAGCUGGACAUCAAUACAGUGGCAGCUGGAGGGGGUUCCCGCCUUUUCUUUAGGUCGGGUCUAUUUGUGGUGGGGCCUGAGUCUGCAGGAGCCCAUCCUGGGCCUGCCUGUUACCGCAAAGGGGGCCCGGUGACAGUGACCGAUGCAAAUUUAGUCCUGGGUCGCCUGCUGCCCUCCUCCUUCCCUUGCAUUUUUGGGCCGGGAGAGGACCAGCCACUGUCCCCAGAGGCCUCCAGGAAAGCCCUGGAAGCUGUGGCCACCGAGGUCAACAGCUUCCUGUCCAACGGGCCUUGCCCAGCCUCCUCACUGAGCCUGGAAGAGGUGGCCAUGGGGUUUGUGCGAGUGGCCAAUGAGGCCAUGUGCCGGCCCAUCAGAGCACUCACGCAGGCUCGAGGCCAUGACCCCUCUGCUCACGUGCUGGCUUGCUUUGGGGGAGCCGGUGGACAGCAUGCUUGUGCCAUUGCCCGGGCACUGGGCAUGGACACCGUGCGCAUCCACAGGCAUAGUGGGCUGCUGUCAGCACUGGGGCUGGCCCUGGCUGAUGUGGUGCAUGAGGCACAGGAGCCCUGCUCCCUGCCCUACAUCCCAGAGACCUUUGUGCAGCUGGACCAGCGGCUGAGCCGGCUGGAGGAGCAGUGUGUGGAUGCCCUGCAGGCCCAGGGAUUUCCCAGGUCCCAGAUCAGAACUGAGAGCUUCCUGCACCUACGUUACCAGGGCACUGACUGUGCCCUCAUGGUGUCUGCCCACCAGCACCCGGCCACUGCCCGCUCGCCCCGUGCUGGUGACUUCGGAGCUGCCUUUGUGGAGAGGUACAUGAGGGAGUUCGGCUUCAUCAUCUCUGAGCGGCAGGUGACAGUGGAUGAUGUGCGGGUGAGGGGAACUGGCCGCAGUGGCCUCCGCCUGGAGGAUGCCCCCAAGGCUCAGACUGGGCCACCCCGGGUAGAUAAGGUGACCCAGUGCUACUUCGAAGGGGGCUAUCAGGAGACCCCUGUCUACCUGUUAGGGGAGCUGGGCUAUGGACACAAGCUCCAGGGCCCCUGCCUCAUUAUUGACAACAACAGCACCAUCCUGGUGGAGCCAGGCUGCCAGGCAGAGGUAACUGAGACUGGGGACAUCCGCAUCUCAGUGGGAGCUGAGGCUGUUGGUACAGUGGGAGCCCAGCUUGACCCCAUUCAUCUGUCCAUCUUUUCACACCGUUUCAUGAGCAUUGCUGAGCAGAUGGGCCGCAUCCUGCAGCGCACAGCCAUCUCCACCAACAUCAAGGAGCGCCUGGACUUCUCCUGUGCUCUCUUCGGGCCAGAUGGGGGACUGGUUUCCAAUGCACCCCACAUCCCUGUGCACCUGGGUGCUAUGCAGGAGACAGUGCAGUUCCAGAUCCAGCACUUGGGGACUGACCUCCACCCUGGUGAUGUACUGCUGAGCAACCACCCAAGUGCAGGGGGCAGCCACUUGCCGGACCUGACUGUUAUCACACCGGUCUUCUGGCCUGGUCAGACCCGGCCUGUAUUCUACGUGGCCAGUCGUGGGCACCAUGCAGAUAUAGGUGGCAUCACACCAGGCUCUAUGCCCCCCCACUCCACCACACUACAGCAGGAGGGCGCUGUCUUUCUGUCCUUCAAACUCGUCCAGGGGGGUGUCUUUCAGGAGGAGGCAGUUACUGAGGCCCUUCGGGCACCAGGCAAGUUCCCUGGCUGCAGUGGGACCAGGAACCUGCACGACAACCUGUCAGAUCUCCGAGCCCAAGUGGCAGCCAACCAGAAGGGCAUCCAGCUGGUGGGGGAGCUCAUUGGGCAGUACGGCUUGGACGUGGUGCAGGCUUACAUGGGCCACAUUCAGGCAAAUGCAGAGCUGGCAGUACGGGAUAUGCUGCGUGCCUUUGGAACUUCCCGGCAGGCGCGGGGCCUGCCUCUGGAGGUGUCCGCCGAAGACCACCUGGAUGACGGCUCACCUAUCCGGCUCCGAGUGCAGAUCAACCUGAGCCAGGGCAGCGCGGUGUUUGACUUCAGCGGCACGGGGUCCGAAGUGUUUGGCAACCUCAAUGCCCCGCGGGCCAUCACGCUGUCCGCCCUCAUCUACUGCCUGCGCUGCUUGGUGGGCCGCGAUAUCCCGCUCAACCAGGGCUGCCUAGCGCCGGUGCGCGUGGUAAUUCCGAAGGGCUCCAUCCUGGACCCAUCCUCCGAGGCGGCUGUGGUCGGCGGCAAUGUGCUAACUUCGCAGCGCGUGGUGGAUGUCAUCCUGGCGGCCUUCGGGGCCUGCGCCGCCUCCCAGGGCUGCAUGAACAACGUGACCCUGGGUAACGCCCACAUGGGCUACUACGAGACUGUGGCGGGCGGCGCGGGCGCGGGCCCCGGUUGGCAUGGGCGCAGCGGCGUGCACAGCCACAUGACCAACACGCGCAUCACCGACCCGGAGAUCCUCGAGAGCCGGUACCCGGUCAUCUUGCGUCGCUUCCAGCUGAGGCCGGGCUCUGGGGGCCGCGGUCGUUUCCGGGGAGGGGAUGGUGUCGUCCGCGAGAUGCUUUUCCGAGAGGAGGCGCUGUUGUCCGUGCUGACGGAGCGCCGAGCCUUCAGACCCUACGGGCUCCACGGGGGCGAGCCAGGAGCGCGUGGUCUAAACCUUCUGAUCCGCAAGGACGGCCGAACGGUGAAUCUGGGCGGAAAGACUUCGGUGUCCGUGUACCCAGGGGAUGUAUUCUGCCUGCACACUCCAGGCGGCGGAGGCUAUGGGGACCCUGAGGACCCAGCGCCACCGCCGGGAUCACCCCCACAACCCUCGGCCUUCUCAGAGAGGGGAAGUGUCUAUGAGUACCGCAGGGCCCAAGAAGCUGUGUGAGGGUCCAAGCAAUAAAGAUCCUCCAGGCCGCUCUUUUCCCAGCAGCGACCUGGCUUGGCUUA